CUGUCAGUGUUUUUUUGGUGCCGUCUCACCAACGUAAUCACUUACAAAUACACAGUCCAGAAAUACUCAUUUUUCUCACUUUCUCACUCUCACUCUUUGUCGUUCAAAAGUCACACAGCAGAGGAGAGCUUCUGACUGACUUUGUCAGAGGUCAGAGCUUGAUUAAUGGCAGCGAUAGGGAAGACGAUCCUUGACUCCGGUUGGAUUGCCGCCAGGUCAACCGUUGUACCUUUCAAUGGUGUCCAGCUCACCACCACUAACUCUCCCUCUCUCGGCCCCGACUCUCCUUGGAUGGAAGCCGUCAUCCCCGGAACAGUCUUGGCAACCUUAGUGAAGAACAACGUUAUUCCCGACCCAUUCUAUGGUCUGGAAAAUGAUACAAUUAUUGACAUUGGUGAUUCUGGGAGGGAUUUCUACACUUUCUGGUUCUUUACAACAUUUCAGUCCAACCUGUCAGGUAGUCAGCACCUGGAUCUGAAUUUCCGUGCAAUCAAUUACUCUGCGGAUUUAUAUAUAAAUGGGCACUACAAGGCCCUUCCAAAAGGGAUGUUUAGAAGGCAUUCUGUCGAUGUCACUGAUUUUGUGCGUUCUGAUGGUCCAAACUUGGUUGCUGUUCUGGUUCAUCCUCCAGAUCAUCCUGGUAAAAUUCCUCCAGAGAACUAUCAAGGUGGUGAUCACGAGAUUGGGAAAGAUGUUGCUACACAAUAUGUGGAGGGUUGGGAUUGGAUGUGCCCUAUAAGGGAUAGAAACACUGGCAUAUGGGAUGAGGUCUCGAUUUCUGUAACUGGGCCAGUAAAAAUAAUUGAUCCCCACUUGGUUUCAACCUUCUUUGACAAUUAUAAAAGGGUAUAUUUGUAUUGUACUACUGAGUUGGAAAACAGAAGCAAUCAGGUUGCUGAGUGCUCCUUGACCAUCCAAGUGACGACAGAGCUUGAAGGAAACACGUGUAUGGUAGAGCAUCUUCAGACUGAACAUGUGUCAAUCCCUGCUGGAUCAAAGCUGCAACAUUCUUUUAACGAGCUCUUUUUCUACAAGCCAAAUUUAUGGUGGCCUAAUGGUAUGGGAAAGCAAUCCUUGUACAAUGUUGUCGUUACUGUCGAUGUAAAGGGAAAUGGAGAAUCUGAUUCAUGGAGCCAUUUAUAUGGGUUCCGCCAACUUGUUAGCCAUAUUGAUACUGCCACUGGUGGAAGGCUUUUCAAGGUCAAUGGACAGCCUGUUUUCAUACGUGGUGGUAAUUGGAUAUUAUCAGAUGCAUUGCUACGACUUACAAAGAAGCGUUACCAAACCGACAUCAAAUUCCAUGCAGAUAUGAAUUUUAACAUGAUGCGUUGUUGGGCUGGUGGAUUGGCUGAAAGACCAGAAUUCUAUCAUUAUUGUGAUGUUUAUGGUAUCUUGGUCUGGCAAGAGUUUUGGAUUACUGGAGAUGUUGAUGGACGAGGUAUUCCAGUGUCAAAUCCAAAUGGUCCCCUGGAUCAUCCACUUUUCUUGUUUUGUGCAAGGGACACAGUCAAGCUUCUAAGGAACCAUUGUAGUCUUGCCCUUUGGGUGGGUGGAAAUGAACAAGUUCCACCGAAAGACCUCAAUGCAGAUUUAAAAAAUGACCUCAAACUCAAUCCUUAUUAUGAAAACAUACAAAAUGAAAAUAACAAGUCUGCUGAAAAUUUUUCCCCUCUGAAGUUUGAUCCAAGCAACUAUCUUGAUGGUACACGCAUUUAUGUUCAAGGAUCCUUGUGGGGUGGGUUUGCAGAUGGGAAUGGUGGCUGGAGUGAUGGCCCUUAUGAGAUCCAAAAUCCUGCAGACUUCUUUAAGGAUACAUUUUACCAAUUUGGAUUUAAUCCAGAGGUUGGUUCUGUAGGCAUGCCUGUUGCAGCUACCAUCAGAGCAACAAUGCCUCCAGAAGGAUGGGUGAUUCCAUUAUUUAAGAAGCUCUCUACUGGUUACACAGAAGAAGUUCCAAACCCAAUAUGGGAAUACCACAAGUAUAUUCCCUACUCUAAACCAGGCAAAGUCCAUGAUCAGAUUGAACUUUAUGGGCUUCCAAAUGAUCUUGAUGACUUUUGCUUGAAGGCUCAACUAGUUAACUACAUUCAGUAUAGAGCUCUAUUGGAGGGCUGGACUUCCAGGAUGUGGACUAAAUAUACUGGUGUUUUGAUUUGGAAAACAAUGAACCCUUGGACCGGUCUCAGAGGACAAUUUUAUGAUCAUCUCCUUGACCAAACAGCAGGUUUCUAUGGCUGUCGCUCUGCUGCAGAACCAGUCCAUGUCCAGCUUAAUUUGGAUACAUAUUUUAUUGAGGUUGUUAAUACCAGGUCAGAGAAACUAUCUGAUGUAGCUGUAGAAGCUGCAGUGUGGGAUCUGGACGGAACAUGUCCAUACUACAAAGUUUUCGAGCUCUCAGCACCUCCAAAAAAAACCAUUUCCAUUGCCGAGAUGAAAUAUCCAAAGUCUAAAAACCCAAAGCCAGUAUACUUUCUUCUUCUCAAACUCUAUAGGGUUACAGAUUAUGGAAUUUUAUCUAGGAACUUCUACUGGUUGUAUUUGCCUGGUGGGGAUUACAAGCUGCUAGAGCCAUACAGGAAGAAACAAGUACCUCUCAAGAUUAAAUCCGAGGUUUUUGUUAAAGGAUCAACCUAUGAAGUUCAUAUGAAUGUGAAUAAUGUAUCUGAUAAACCAAAAGCUGAAACUCUAACCUACCAGAAUAAUUUCAUUGCAAGGCAAAGUGAUGAUGAUUUUGAUAUGUCAUCAUUGGAACCGGAAUAUAGAAGAAUAGAUGACAAUCAUAGAACUGGUUUAUUUCAGAGGAUUUGCAGACGCCUUAGUGGGGAACCUCGUGGUUCAAGGCUUACUGAAAUAAAUGGUUCUGCCAAAGGCGUUGCUUUCUUUCUUCAUUUCUCUGUUCAUUCAUCCAAGACAGUCCAAAAGGAAGGAGAAGACACAAGAAUACUUCCUGUUCAUUACUCCGACAACUACUUUUCGCUGGUGCCGGGUGAGUCUUUGCCUAUCAAGAUCACUUUUGAAGUCCCUCCAGGUGUAACCCCUCGAAUAACUCUUAAAGGCUGGAAUUACCAUGGUAACCAUCCCAUUCAUUGAGCUUGGGUAAGACUAAUUCUUUUUUCAACAUUGGAGGUCAAAUAAUAAUGCAUGGUAUUAGUAUAUCUUAAACAUCAACCCUGCCCCAUGUUGUGUUAUUUUCCCCUUCUCUUGUGGCUGGAAGAUAGAAACCAUUGUAUGGAAUUGUCAUUGUCAUGGUUUUACUUUUUCAGAAACAUUUCUUGCAAAUAGGUUGUUCAUUUAUAUUGUGGGACUACAAUGUCUUCCUCCGUUCCUUAGGCGCAUUCAUGUGCUGACAAUCGGAGUUUAUACAAUGUUAAUCCAAUUCUUUGGCAGGCUCUUGAUGAAUCUCAUAUGAAGUUAUAAUUUGGAUUCA